UCACACCGAUCCAAAUCUAAGCUCUAGCUAGCAGCUAGCUAUAUACCAUAUACUAUCUCCUACGUGAUCAGUUCGUUCGUCAGCGAUCAACCGACGAUGAGGGAGCUGAUCCGGAGGCUGAGCUUCUCGGACCGGGUGAGCGGCGGCGUGCCGCGCGGGUGUGUGCCGGUGCUGGUGGUGGGCGAUGGCGACGAGGAAUGCGAGCGGUUCGUGGUGCGGGUCGAGGCGCUGCGGCACCCGUCGCUGGCGGCGCUACUGGAGAUGGCGGCGCAGGAGUUCGGGUACAAGCAGGAGGGCAUCCUCCGCGUCCCCUGCGCCGUCAACCAGUUCAGGCGGGCGCUCACCACCUCCGCCGUCUCCAAGAACUACUGAUUACUAAUUAAUUCUCUAGCUGAUCAAUCAAGCAGACCGAACCUUAUCGAUCGAUUGGCUUUCUGGGUACUUGAGGAGCGAUUCAUUUGUGCUAUUGACUAGUUGAGUCUCCUCCCCAUCUUUUCUUCUCUUUCCAUUUUGUUUUCUUCUGGUUGGGGAAUGACUGCCAUAUGUAUGCAUGUGGGCUGUAUAAUGCGCACUGUCAUUUACGGUUAGA